AUGAACGUUUAUCCGACUUAUCACCGCACCACUCGUUAUGAGCGUAUUGAUCAAGAGGAAGUACCCGAAAGUAAACAUACACUAUUUGUUCGUGGUUUACCAGGUCAUAUAAAGACCGAUGAAGUCAAAGAGUUUUUCGAAGAUCAUGUUGGGCCAUGUUCGUUCGACUUUGUCAAGACUUCUCCAGACCAACUCAAACUUUUCGUCGCCGUUCGAUUUGAAACGCGUGAUGCUGCCAAAGAAUGCUUGCACAAAUAUAAGGAUGGCGAGGUAUUAGGAUAUCCAGUCGAUCUGAGUUGGUUCAGAGAUAUUCGUCGUUAUAUGUCAUAUCAACAAAGUCAAGGAGGUGCAGUGACACGUCCGGUGAGUGCUGCACGCGGCCGUGGUGGGUUUAUACGUCGAGGUCACUAUAUAAGGAAUAGUUAUGAUCGCUCAUCUCGUAAUGAUUACAGAGAUGACGAAUACGAUCGAGGCUCCAAGAGAAUGCGUACCAUUUCGGGUGAUCGGCGAUCUGAUUCAAGGCGGUCACGUAGUCGGUCUGAAACAUCAUCUCGAACAGUAUCACCGUCUGCGGAUCGUUCUUCACACGAACGUUCGCGCAGUUUUGACAGUCGUCGAGGCAGUGUUGAUUCACGCGACUCUCGAAAUGCACACUCGCAUUCUCGUUCACCGUCUGCCACACCUCCGUCUCAAUCGCUACGUCAACGAUCAUCAUCACCUCUCAACGCAUCGCCACCCACCAAGAGAAUUGUUGAGAUAAUCGAGAAAGGUAGUACACCUCCAUUGCCCCCUUCUCCUCCACCACCUACUUCAGCAGCCACAAAGCGAACACAUUCUAACGAUCAUUCGUCACAGCAAUCUAAUCAUAGCCGGUCCGCAUCACCUGUUGUGGAACGAAAAUCGCGUAAGUCGAAGAAAGAUAAGAAGAAACGCAAACGUCGUUCACCUUCUUCAUCAAGUGCAACUGAAGGUGGAUCGUAUGGUGGACGUUCGAGUGGUGAGUUGAGUGAAGGUGAACUCAGAAAGAAGAUUUUGAAGAAACGCGAAAAAGCGUUAAGAGAGGAGAACGGAGAAGCCAUUCAGAAAACAGUUGAGAAAACAGAAACAGGAAAAUGGGAAGAAAAAUCACCAGUGCAAAAUCAAUCGCGAUCAGAUUCAUCUCUUCUUCAGAAUACCACUCUCAAAUUUGGUCUCGAAAGUAAUGAGGAUAUCCCCAAACAUGUUGUUCGAGAUUCUCAGCCACAACUGAAUACGAAGAAACCGAACCCAACGAAUGCAUCUACAAGACCAGUUGGAAAUGCUUCUGUCAAGGACGAAUAUGACGAUAUGCUUAUCAGUCCGCCACCGGCACCACCGCGCACGUCAAAGCCAUCAGAAUCACUGGUAGUGGAUACAUUGGGAAUGGUGAAGAAGAUAAACAAAGAUAUAGUCGGCAAAAAUGCCGAAGCACCAAAAGUUGGAUCGGUUUCGUCGGGCUCGUUGGCCAACACCGAUAUUGAUUCACUUCUUGGUGGUGGUGUUAAACGCUCAUCAGCACCACAGCAACAAUCCACUCAAGUUAACAGUUCUUCUCUUAAUGACGACCUUAAAGGUACGCAGCAAUCAAAUACGAUCCAGUCGCUUCGCGGACAACAACAGACGACUGCCAAAGUAUCAGCGCUUUCCAUUUUGGACGAUACAGAUGAUCCGGUGCAAUCAUCAUCCGGUCUUCGUUUGAGCACAUUCACACGCCAGAUGAAUGCCGAAACAGAGCGCGAUCGCAAAAUGGCUAGCUUACCACCCGAAAUGUUGAGUAAAUUUGUUUCUAAGAAGAAGCAAUUUGAUGCGGCCCUUAAAGCAGAUUGUGAGACUUUCGGAUUCGUGGUUAAAACCCUAAUCCAGAAGGAUCCGGGUCUGGAAGUUCGAUUGCGUGCGGCUUUGGCUGAUGCCGUAAGAGAUAUGGAAGAUUCAUUCACCCAGAAAGUUGACAAACUCCUUGACCAACUCAUUAUGUUUGCAUCAAUGUGA